GACAUAGGUCAAUACUCUGUAAUCCUUACUGGAGUUCUUAAUGGCAGCUCCCUUUGUUCAAGGGUGUUGUAUUACUGGAUUGUUCUUUGGAUUGGGUGAUUACUCAGUUUCAUAUCAAAGGUGCUUAUCGAGGUACUUUGUACUUGGAUUACAUAAUUGGACUUAAUUUUUUUUUUAGAGCAGAGAAACAAGCUCAAAGUGAUUUGUUCAGUCAGUGCCAGGACUAACAUGAGUGUUCCUGAAAUCAUAUCAUAUUAACAUUUAUUUGAUCUCACCUUUUAUUGGCCAACUGAUGGGCACUCAGAAGUCACCUGGCAAAAUUGUUAAAUGGAGCAAACAAGUAUAUUUGAAGAGCCAGCCCUUUAUAUGUGGGCUUAACAUUUGUACCUACCUAACUCCAGAAAAUCUCAUUAAAUGAAAAAAUUUCUCUAUGAAAAUGCUAUGCCUUUUUUUUUUUUGAAGAGAAGAUUGUCAUCUUAAAUUGAGAUCGAGUUGACAUGACACAGAAAUUAGAAGACUACUCUUGAGUAAUGAAAAGCAGUAGAUAAAUCACAUGGAAAAUAUUUUGGGUGUACCCAAAUUAAAGGUGCUACUCCUUGGAAUAUAGUUCUACCUGAAAUGUUAACUCGGUGUAUUUUAAGUAAAAUGUGAAAAGGAUUUACUUCAAAUGAAGGUGAAAAUUUCUAUCAAGCUGCAUUUGUUUUCCUGUUACAUUUAAAGUUAAGUUUGCUUUUGAGGAACAUUUUGAUAGAACGUGCCAUAAUACUAGUUAAUGUCUAAUAUAUUCAGGAUUAAUUCUUCCAACACAAGAAAACUUGGAAAGUUUUUGAUAGAGUUUAAUAUAACUAGCAGCCUCCAGUUUUCUCAACUUACUGAAAUGGUUUCACACUUACAUUUAUCAUACUUUUCAUCUGUUUUCUAAUGUUCAGUUUAUAAUGAAAUAAUAUGCAUGGGCUAGUUUAGUAUCAAUCUUGAGAUUUUAAUAGAAAAUGUCCAUAUAAAUGAUCAACUAAUCUUAGUUAAAUUUAGUUACUUAAUUCUUAACCUUUGAGUUAUGGGUCCCUUUUUAGGAAUCUAAUGAAAGGUACAGAUCAUGUCUAGAAAAAUAAAAGGGCUCGUCCUGGCUGGAUAGCUCAGUUGGUUAGGGUGUUGUCCUGAUAGGCCACGGUUGGGGUUUGAUCCCUGGUCAGGGACAUACAAGCAGCAACCAAUGAAUGCAUGAGAUGAAGCAGCAAAUCAAAACUAUGUAAAAUAAAAGGGCUCAAAUUUGCACAGAAUUUCAGGACUAAACUUGGGCUUUUAUGCUAUUUACUUACUGAUUUUUACCAAUCUGUAAUUAGGUGUCCAUUAGUUAGGAAUGAAUAGCAAGUUACUGGGAGAAUUGCAAGACAAUAAAAGUUUGGGUUUUGGCGGGGGGGGGGGGGGGGGGGGGAGUUAAAAAAUGAAAUUAGAACAAAAAAGUAAUAGUAUUCACUUAUUUCCCUUCUGCAAAAGAGUUUCCUUUGUGAAUAUAAGUAGUUUGAACAUUGAGAUGAGGCCCAGUUUGUAAGUUUUUUUUAACUGAUUCCAAUGUGUGAUCUUGAUUAUACUCUGACCAGUUCCCUGGUUACAUUGGUCAAUUGAUGAGCUUAAACUUGGUUUAGGUCCUAAUCUGAUUCGGUCAUAACUUCUGAAUUCCUCCUUGAAUGACCCAAUUACAGGACUUUUCAGUGGAGCUGAUUUUAUGGGGAAGGAAACAUUUCUCCCCAGCAGUUUUGGCCUCUGAAAUCCCUGCAUUCCAUUCUAAGAGCCACCAGCUCUUCGACUUCUGAAGAGGUGUUUUUCAUUUUAGGAUCACUGGCUGUCAACAUUUGUUACUGUGGGAACUUGACAGCAUGAAUACAAUCAACUGUAAAAAGUACCAGCAUCAUAGCUGACUUCAAACCCAUUGUUCUGUUCCUCAACGUUGAUAGUCGAGAUUACAUAUCUGUGACAUAAUCAUGAUCCGUAAUGCAAUGCACCGGCGAAGUGUUCAGGUUGGUGGGGGUGUGGGGCCAGGUGUCUUAGCCUAUUGCAAACAUGAGUUCUACCUGUUCAAGGUAAACCGCUGGCCUCAGCUCCCAAGUCCACCUUCAUUACUCUACAUUGUGCUGCUGGAGCCGAGCCCUUACUAUUUCUCUAGCCUGCUGGCACAGUACCAGGAUGUACUGUAGAGGAUGCAGAAGCAAACCGCUGCCCGGUUCAGGUGAGACUUAAUAAUUCUGAAGUGGCGUAGGACCUUGGCCUGUCCAGUGGCGCCUCACGGGAGGCUGUUUCCCAGCAAGGCUUUCUGGUGCUUCCUAGUAAGUUCAAUGGGGAACUGUGGGUGGCCUCCUGAGGAGUUUUGUUGACACCCCUUCCUCUCUAGCCCCACACUCCAGCACCUCAGCAAAGAGUGGGUCACCGCCACACCCUCCACCAGUCUGCAUGGGAGUCUCGCAAGGGAAUCUCUUCCAAAGUUGUUGUUCCUCGGGUCCUCAGCCUAGAGGUGGUGGCUGCUCCUGUAGCCACUAUUCCUGUAUUCUAAGGCGCCGGAGGCCGGUCCAUCCUUGCUGCUGGACACAGUCGCUGCAGGGAAGAAACAUCUGCACAGCAUAUGUUUCAAGGGACCUGGCGUAUACAGCAUACUGUUCUUAAUAUGUUUGCUCCCCCUUUUUUAACGCUAUGUGUUAUAACCAGAACCACCUCCCUUAGAAAGGUUGUUUCCCCAGGUGGGGAUUUUUUCCUGGAGUUAGGGAUUAACAGGACUAAGGAAGAGAAUAAAUAAGUAAAACCUCCUAGUUUUACAGAAAUACCAUGUACUACUUAUGAAGAACUUGAACUAAGACUGUUGGCAAUAAGUUUGGGACUUGUUGAGCCCACAUCUCCAGGGGUCUGCCCACCAGGGAAAGCACCAAAGCCUAUACCCCUGGAGACCCACCGACACAGGGCAGUCCCAGGGAAGGCAAGCAGGGGGCUGGGAGGACAUGACCUUUACUGGGUAGGAUAAUCUCCUUCAGUCACUUCCUUGUAGCUUAUCAGUAGAGCAGUAGAAGAGUGACCUUGGAAUAGCCCUUAUAAUGGAACACAGAGAUUAACCUAGACAAGAUUAAAAUCAACAGAACUAGAUAGAGACAGGAUUUUUGGCAAAAGUCAGAUAAGAAACUAUGGAAAUGAAACAAGGAACUGUAGAAGGUUACCCAAAGCAUACCAUGAUGUAAUUAUAGAGGCAUGCUUAUAGGAUCAAAUAGUAUAAAUACAGAUGUAACAGGACAAUAAAAAGAGAACCUGGCUAUGCUGAUCAACUGAACGCUAUUUCCAUGUCAUUCCUUCUUCACCAACUCCGUCCACACCUUUGGGAACUCCUGGACCUGCUGGGGCAGGACCCCAACACUUAGGCAUUCUCUUUACCCUUAGUAAUUAAUCCCCUGUUACUGAUUAGUAAUUCUUUACAUCAAAGUUUCCCUGUUCCAAUUACUGUUUUCUGUCUCCUGACUGGCCCCUGGCUGUUACAGUGGAUUAAGAUACCAGUCACAAGGGUGCCCCUCCAUAGGCUGGUUGAUAACCCUUCUGUAGUUUAGUAUAAAGGGCUCAACCAGACAGGUUGAGAAUGAUGUAAGUGAAUCAGACUGGCUCCUAGAAUUUUGCCUGACAACUAAGUACAAAUUGUCCAGUCCUCAAAAGAAUGGGCAAGACUUGGAUAGUUGACGUUUGAGGAUGCCCAUUCCCUCUUCAUUUUGUUUUUUCUUUUUAUGAUGGUCUGUGUUUCUCUUUGGAAUCCACAAGUCUAACUGGAUUCUUUUACUGUAGUCAUCAGGGAUUCCUGAUCAGGGAAGGUCUUCCUGACAUUUUCUUGACACUUCGCUCUUACCUAUCUGUGCUCAGCACCGGUAAGGAAAUGUCAUCUACUUGGCUGGACUUGGAAAAGAAGUGGAAAAACACAUUUUAGAUACAAUUGCUUGUCCUUGCUGGGAUGGUCUGUCCAAGGGCAGAGGUCCCGUCUGGGUGUGUUGGGAGAGCGGAGUGUGAAUUAGGGCCACCAUCUAUCUCCUAGUGUCCAGCCUUCCUGUACAGUCAGCCUUACCCCCCCAUGUUCCUUCUACAUCGCUAAACAACUCUAUUCCCCCUACAGUGGCUGCUUUAAAUCUUUGCUAGUUUCUUAGCUCAUUCUCACUUCACAUACUGAGACUAUCAGGUAAAAAGUCCCUCAACUUGCUGCCUUCUCUCUGCUAUGAUAGCUGGAGGUUUAUCUUGGACAAAUAAGAAAGGGCAGAUGCCUCGCCAUCGUGGCUCAGUGGUUGAGCAUUGACCUAUGACCUAGGGGUCAUGGUUCAAUUCCCAGUCAAGCGCACAUGCCUUGUUGCAGGCUUGAUCCCUAGUAGGGGGUAUGCAGGAGGCAGCCAGCCAAUCAAUGAUUCAUCUUUAAUGUUUCUAUCUCUCCCUCUUCCUUCCUCUCUGAAAUAAAACAAUAAAUUUUUUUUAAAAAAGGCAGACUAGGAAAUUGGAAAGGAGCCUGGGUCUUUGAGGACUCCUUGGAAAAGAGUGGCCUCCACUAUUUUAUAUCAGAAAGAAACUAUCCUUUAUCCACAGAUUAUCUUUGCACCUUUGCUGAAAAUCAAUUGUCCUUCUAUGCGUGGGUCUAUUUUUGGACUUUACUCUGCUCCAUUGAUUUAUUUAUCUUAUCUUGAUACCAAUUCUUGUCUUUAAUCUUGCCUUAAUUACUGUAGCUUUAGAAGUCUUCACGCCUGGAAAGGUCAGUCCAGCCCUCUUUACCCCAUCUUGGUUAGAAGCAGAGAUCAGACUGAUGCGCUUAACCCCAGCUCCACCAUUUAGUAACUUACGUGAUUUCAUAUAAGUCAGUUAAUAAUGCUUAUUAGUCAUGUAUGUACUUGUCUAUUGUUAGAAUUAAAUAUUAUAGUGCUUGGAUUAAAUGUUAAUUAUUAUUAAGACCGAACUAGGGCCCUGUCCGGUGUGGCUCAGUGGGUUGGGUGUCAUCCUGUUCACUGAAAGGUUAGCAGUUUGGUUCAGUGGUACAAGCCCGGGUUACGGACUCAGUCCCCUGCAGGGGACACGCAGGAGGCAGCCCAUCAAUGUUCCGUUCUCACAUCGAUGUUCCUCUUUCCCCUUCUCUCUUCCUCUCUCUUUCAAAACAAAAAUCAAUAAAAAUAUGUUUUUUAAAAAAGAGCCUGAACUACGUACGGAAGAUGGCUCUGGGAAUAAACGGUAUUGGAACUGCAGGGUGGAACUGGGGAUGGAUAAACUUGCUCCGCUCAUUCAGGACCUCCCGCCGUCUUUCCCAGCUCAGGGACAUGCCUUUUCAUCUUUAUUUUUUGAGAUAUAAGUGACAUGCAACACGGCGUAAGUCUGAGGUGCACACCGUGUUGGUUUGACACAUUUACAUAUUACAAUGUGAUGACUACAGUAGCAUUAGCUAAACACCUCCACGUCACCGCAUUUCCAUUUCUGUGCGGAGACUGGUUAAGGUCUGGCCUCUUCCCUUUGAGGUGUGUAAAGCAGAAUCAUGGAUGAACUCACUGCGUUGGAUCUCAGGACUUAGUCAUCUGCCCCUUGUAAGUUCGUACCCCUCAGCAAUACCUCCCUGUGCCCCGGCCCGGCCCCCUGCCCUGUCGUCUUCCAUAGUGAAGUUUGGCAGCAAAUUGCCCUGGACAGCAGGCUGAUCACUUCCUACAGAGACAAGAACAAUAACCCAGGUGAAAAGGGAUAAAUAAAACCAGCCAGGAGCCCCACAUUGCAAAGGAUCAUCCCGCUAUCUCAACAAUUUCCUUGCGCAGCUUUGUAACAUUUUUAUGUAGAAACAAAUGUUUUAUAAAAAGAAAAGGAGAGCAUUCUCCGUGUUCCCUUCAAACCCAGGUCACAGCGGCUUUUCGGCUGGCUUGGCCUGGCUUUCUUCAGCUCUCUCUCUUUUUUUCAGGCUUUGCAGUACCUGUCCCUGCCGGUCUCCAGGCCCCCAGUUACAGGUCAGCUCCACGCUGAAGGGGAGGAGCUACUGGCCAGGUUCUGUUCCCAGCAUCAGGGCCCCACAUCCCAGGGACCUACGGUGCCUCCUGGGGACCAAAGAGGACCCCAUCUCUCCGUCGUGUGCCCUGUGAGUGCCGUGUCCAACACCAUGGAUGGCGGGCCCAAGAAAGGUUUGGCUUUGAUUGGAUUCAGUCUUCUCUGCCUUAAAAUGGUUGCUUCAGCAAAAACAGCUCCUGAAAUACCCACUAUUGACCAGGCAUACUCAAAAAUCAGCAACAGUAUCACCGUGGAAUGGGCUACCGUGCCAGGCGCCACCAGUUACCUCCUCACGGCCAAAGAUGGGGACACCGUCAUUGAAACCACGGUGGCCAAUUCCCCGGGCACUGUGUCGGGCCUGAAGGCUGCCACCUUGUACCAAAUCACCGUCAGCUCCAUCAGUGCCGCUGGGCGGAGCCAGGCGUCACCUCCCACACAGGCAAAGACAGUGCUGGCCGCACCGGUUCUAGAAGUGAGCUCUCCAAGUUCAGACUCUAUCCUUGUGCAGUGGGAAGCCGUAUAUAUGGCCACCGGGUUCUCUGUGUCCAUCAUGCGAGCCAAUGGUUUGGGUAGAAUAUGGAAGGAGAAUACCACAAACACCACCUUGACAUUCACCAGUUUAGACGCCGGGACGCUGUACACCAUCAAGGCCUAUGCGUGGAAUGCCAACGGGACCCCUGGGGAUGACUCCACCUGCAACCAGAGAACGAGUCCCCGGGCUCCCGCCGACAUUCAAGUCUCUUUUGACAGCGGGGCUCUGGCCGCGUCGGUUUCCUGGGCCCCCACGGAAGGAGCCUCCAACUACACGGCGCUGGCUCGGAGCGACUCCUCCCAGCUGAGCUGCAGCACGGCCUCCAGCGGCUGCACCAUCUCCUCCCUCCGCUGCGGGACCGAGUACCUGAUCUCCGUGUCGGCCAGCAACGAUGCCGGGUCCAGCAGGUCGGCUUCCGCGGGGACCCUGAAAACCAUUGCUUGUGCACCUGGAAGAGUGACGAUCCAAGAAGACCCCCCUGGCCACCUGUCUGUGUCUUGGUCCAACGUGGACCUGGGUGAUUACUACGUGGCCUUUGUGAAGAGUGAUGAUGGCUUGGAAGUUCACUGCAACACCUCCCUCCCCCGGUGCGACUUCCCCUCUGAAUGUGGCUUCACCUACUUCAUCAGCGUCUUUGCCUAUAACAAGGCAGGGCAGAGCCCUUUGGGCGAUGUGUUCAAUUACACCACAGCUCCCUGUUGUCCUAGCGACAUUAACCCCGUGUUGGUGUCCAGCGACCGAGUGGAGAUGGUCUGGUCGCCCGUCCGGGGUGCCGAACUUUAUGAAACCAGGGCUGCCGACGGGUUCAACGUGGUGGAGUGCAAUGACACGGCCCCCGCGUGCACCCUCUCUGCCCUGGAGUGCGACACCAAGUACAACAUCACAGUGUAUUCCUUCAGCGAAGCCCGGGGCAGCAAUACCUCCUGUGCAUCCCGAUUUAUCACCACCGCUCCUUGCAGUCCCGAAAUACAAAGCAUUUCGAAGGACGCCUUCUCCGCGAUCCACGUGCACUGGAGAUCCCGGAACCAGGGCGCCACCUGCACCGUGACGGCGCGGGGAGAGGAGGGGCUGUAUCGGUGCAGCAGCUCAGGCCAGGCCUGUGCCCUGGGCGGCCUGCCCUGCGGCUCCCUGUUCUCCGUCACCGCGGUGGCCGAGACGCAGGCGGGACGGAGCCUGCCCAGCUACAGUGUCCCCCUGGAGACAGUGCCCUGCUGUCCAGCCGGCCUGACGGUGACUCAGGUCACCCAAUCAGUGGUUAACGUGAGCUGGACUGUUGGGACCGGGGCCCUCACCUACGUGACCGUCCUGGCGUCCCACACUGGACAGUCUCAGUGUCGCACCCAUCAAAACCACUGCCUCCUGGGAUGCGUCACAUGUGGCGUCAAUUACACGGUGGCCUUAAAAGCAAUCAGCGCCACCGGGCUGACUGCAGACUGCGCCUACCAACGCUACGCCUCUAGUGCCUGCUGCCCGCUGGGUGUGAAGCUGUACAGGCUGGGCCCUCACGGCAUCCGGGUGGACUGGCGAGCCGCCAGGGGCUCCGCCACCUACAGCGCCGACCUCCAUGGGUCCAAAGGCAUUUUCACCUGCUCCCCAAGCGCCGGCCUCAGUUUCUGCGACGUCACGGAGAUACCCUGCGGGGACGUGUACACCGUGAUGGUCUCCCCCGUGGCUGAGACAGGACUGAAGCUCACCUUCUGUCCAAAAAAAAUAUACUCAGUCACCUGCUCUGGAAGUACACUUGGAAUGGUGAUUUACAGAGGGAAGAGAAAUGCAGAGUGACCCAGCGAGGCGCACUGACAGCGGAGCCUUGACCUAGUGAGUAAUUGGAAUCGACAAGGUGUGAUUCAAAGGCAAAGUGUUUUGUCUUUGUCUUUCAAAGUUCUCCCCUCUUAUGUUUUGCAGGGUUGUCUCAAACGUUAGUGUGACUAGAGAUGGACAAGCUCCAUUAGCCUACACAAUGCAUCUAGCACAGGACUAGCUCUUUAGAAGAACAACUCUGACUCCGGAAGGCGAGGUCAGGAUCCCGGCCGGCGUGGCUCAGUGGUUGAGCGUCAACCUACGAACCAGGAGGUCACGGUUCCAUUCCCUGUCAGGGGACAUGCUGGGGCUGCAGGCUCGAUCCCCAGUAGGGGGCAUACAGAGGUGGCUGAUCAAUGAUUCUUAUCAUUGAUGUUUCUCUCUCUCUCCCUUCCUCUUUGAAAUCAAUAUAUUAAAAAAAGAAAAGAAAAGAAAAGAUGUGCUGCGGAGAGGACCAGGGAGAGAUAUAAACCCAGCAAGUCCUCUAGAAGGCUGCCAGCGUGAGCUGUGCCCUGGGCAAGCCCUGGACACAUGAAAGGUCUGCUUAGGAGAUUCUUUCUGAGAUUUCACAUCCAGACACGCCAUGGCCGCAGCCCAUCUGUUUCAUCAACACCAGCCCUGGCCAUGUAGCCCUUUAACCAUUCAAGGGCUGGAAAGGUUCACUGCCAGAGAAGGCAACAUCAGGCCACAUACAGAGACUCCGCUCAUCCCCAAGCAAACCACCCAGACUUCGGGACUUCGAGUGGCUUGCAGGGCGGGCCAAGCCACAGCGUCGGGCUGUGGGACCUCUGCUGGAGCGCCUGGGAGAGCGGAGUUGUUGGCCAGUUGCUGGAAGGAUCGCAGCCAUGCGUGUGAGUGUGCAAACACUUCGGAUGGAGAGACAGCUGGGGCAGGGCCUCAAACUGUGGCAGGCUGACAUACGUGUACCUUUUGGGGGAAGGACCAUCAAUCUUGUUGGCUAUAUCCCCCUCUCAUACUGUAACCGUUUUUUCCAUCUCUGGAGAGGAAAGGCAAUGAUUAUAUGUAAUAUAAAGCUGUUGUACCUGGAAUAAUGUGUGUUCAUUGAAUGCUAGUAGCCGUCAUAUAAAAUAGUACUAUAGUAACACACACACAACUAAAGUGGCCACACAGAGAAGAGGGCUGGGCUUAGUUCACGCUUGUUCCAGUGAAUGAACGGGACUGGGACAGGUGCGUCCACAUCACUUGGGGAACUCAUUAGUUAACACAUUCCCGGGUGCCACCCCUGGUGACUCUAACUCAAUAGAUCUGGGACUAGGCCUGAGAAUCUGUAUUCGUAACAAACUUACCAAGUGAUUCUGACAUGUGGCCAGGUUUGGGGAUCUUAAAAGGCUUGCCCUCGCCAGCUCUUCCUUGAAGCAAAUUUCAGUGGUGGGAGGCUGAGAAGUGUUCAAAAUAACUGAGGCUUAGCAUAAAGUGACUCCACUUUGGGCAGUUUGUGUUGUUUUUAACGAUGCCAUAUGCUGGGCUUGAACCCAUAUUAUGGCUGAUUCUAUAUUUCAUUUCCCUUUUCUCU